AUGCCAAUUCCCUCUGUUGCCACAAAGUCCUCAACUGCUGCUGCAAAAUCCUCAACACUUGUGCAUCUUGCAACAUGUCAGUGGACUACUAGUUUCUCAAUUUCUUCUGGAGCAUCUGCAAGUCCCUCAGCUCCACCACAGUCCUCAAUAGGCCCAACCUUACUGAAGGUCAAAACCACUGCUGGACGUGGAACGAGGCCAAGUCCUCAUAAGAAGCAAGUGGCGUUUCAAGUUCCGUCUGAUGACGAUGAAGCUGAUGAUGAAGAACUUGCUGCAAUCAUCAGGGACAGGCAAGAAAGGGCUGCUAGAGCCAAAGGCAGUUAUGUGCCUCUCAUGUUGGAUCCGAAGAAGAUUCUCGACUUCAUUGAUCUCUGGCACAAGAAUCCAAAUACUCCUCUGCCUGACCUAAACCUCACUCCUGGUCAAAGUGACAUGUUGGCGGCAUUCAUAAGUGAGGAAAAAUGGAAGUUUGAAAAAGACAUGUGUAACACCCCGGAUGCUGCCAAAGAAAAUGAGAAUACCAGGGCUGCUGAAGAAAGUCCAGCUCCUGAAGACCAUGCCAGGGCAACCAUCAAUGUUGCGCCUCAAGAACAACCUAGGCCAGCUGAAGCAUCUGCUGCGCCUGAAGAAUCUGAAGAAACAGAGCAUACUAGGGCGACAUCAUCAGUCAUGCUUGAAGAAAAUGAACCAACUUCAUCUGCUCCUCCUGCAAAGUCAAUAAGGAUGAAGAAUAUCAACCUUCCUUCUGCAUCAGAGGUGAAGAAAACUAAGGCUGCAGAGAAGGCAACUGAAUAUGUCAGUCCAGAUGACACAGAUGAAGAGAAUCCUUCUCCUGCUUCUUCAGAGCAGUUGGAUGAAGAAAUUGAAGUGGAAGAUAUCCCUACAACCCCACCGGAAGUUCCAGCUACUACAGCUGAAGAAAUCGAGAUUCAAACAACUACUGAAGAACGUGAACCUUCAAUUCCUCAGACAACAGCUCUAAAGAUUUUGACACAAGAAGUUGUAAAACCUUCAACUGCUAAUCUUCAGCCCAAGCAACAAAUUCAUCAUGCUAAAAGGCUAAUGAUUUCUUCGCUGAGCACCAUUUCUUCACUGACUUCAACCCAUAUGACUCAACACGACUUCGACGUGUUUCUGGACAGCUAG